AGAUGACUCAAUUUGGAGAGUCACGUGAUCCAUGUUCUCUAAAACAAGGAUGUGAUACAGAAACAAUCUUUUAGACAGCUGCAAGUCGGACAAACAUCACAUGAGUGUUUCUGCGAGCCCGUGCUGAGAUGAAGUCUUUGGUGUUCUUCUGUUGGAUUGUGGGAUCGCUCAGUGGACAGCAGCUCUGGCCUGUGCCUUACGAGCGACUUGACAGGCGUCCAGAUGUGGAUCCCUACUGCCAGGCUUUGUACCCGUUCUGCCCGAGCGGGGAUCCAGACGGCCGGAUCCCUGUGAUGACCGACUCGGACAUCAUCUCGGUGUUCAGACUGCAGACUCCGGUGUGGGAGUUCAAAUACGGAGACAUGCUGGGAAAGUUUCAUAUCAUGCAUGAUGCCGUCGGCUUUGGAAGCGCAAGAACGGGACGAAACUUCACCAUGGAGUGGUACGAGCUGUUUCAGCUGGGGAACUGCACCUUUCCGCACGAGAGAGCGAGCGUGAGCGCGCCCUUCUGGUGUAAUCAGGGAGCCGCCUGUUUCUACGAGGGCAUCGAUGACAUCCACUGGAAACAGAACGGCACUCUGGAGAAGAUCGGAGAGAUUUCGGGCGAGGUGUUUAAUGAGAUGGCUCGCUGGGUUCAGGAGGACAACAAAACGGGUGUUUAUUACGAGACUUGGACGGUCAAGUCAGAUGCUAGUGCAAACGCCACCACGUGGUUUGAGUCCUACGACUGUUCUCAGUUUGUGCAUCGCACAUAUAAGAAGUUGCUGGGUUUGGGCGCCGAGCUGUCCAGCCAGACGCCUACUUAUUACACCAAGAUCUAUCUGUUCAGCGGAGAGCCGGUCCAUUUGGGAAACGACUCCAUCUUUCAGCAGUCCUCCACCAAAGAUCUGGCCACAGACAUCAAGAAGUUCUUCCACUCGUUCCGCUCGCACCAGUCCUUCGUGGAAAUGAUUGAAAGCUUGUUGGAGGCUUUUGAAAAGGUGGUCCUAGAGAAGACCUUUUAUUUCUACUACAACUCUGAAUAUUGGAAGCUGCCGAUGAAAUAUCCUUACAUUAAAAUAACCUUUGAGGAGAUUCCUCUACCAUAACCACCAUAUUUUUUUUGCCUAAAUGAUAUUGGAAAACCCCUAUUUUUGCUUGUAAAUAAAAUUACAUUUUAAAUGUUUUAUUUCCUUUGCAGAUGAUGGCGGAUUUAUCAGAUGAAGUGUUAAUCAUUUAUACUAAUGUCAGAAAUCAUUUUUAAUGUCUUGUUGUCGCUGCACUGUAUAUUGAUGAAUAUUGUUGCCUUCUUAUACAGGUGCUGGUCAUAUAAUUAGAAUAUCAUCAAAAAGUUGAUUUAUUUCACUAAUUCCAUUCAAAAAAAAUUAAACUUGAAUAUUAUAUUAAUUCAUUACACACAGACUGAUAUAUUUCAAAUGUCUAUUUCUUUUAAUCUUGAUGAUUAUAACUCACAACUAAGGAAAAUCCCAAAUUUAGUAUCUCAGGAAAUUAGAAUAUUACAAGUAUGAGCAUGUACAGCACUCAAUACUUAGUUGGGGCUCCUUUUGCGUGGCAUGGAGUGGAUCAGUCUGU